CGAUGUUUCCCCUAGUCCAUGAACGCAGCACCGGGCCUGGCGCUUCGGUCGCCUCCGGAGCUCUUCUCCGUAUCCGUCAAACGAGUCGUGCGCAACCGGCUACAAACACCGGUAGACGACAGGUGGUGUCCCUCCAGAGGACCGACUCUCCGUGAGAGUGAGUGUCAGCUUCAUUUAAAAACUAGUUGCAGCUUUAAAAACCAUCAUGGCAGAUCUGUGGAGUUAUCGGCUGUGCUGCGGUUCCUCAUCACCCAAUUACAGCGACACUUAAAGACGCAUUUCUCCUCCUGAUAUGCCCUUCUCUUCACCAGCCCGGGCGGUCUGUUUGUUUCUAACGAGGGCGUCGACGUUUUGUUGUGUUUUUGUACGAUCUGCUGUUGCGGUUUUCUGAUCUCACACUCGGAAACGGCAGCAGCGACGCACCGAGGAGGAGCAUCCCCCUGGUGUUUAUUACAGGAGAGGACGCACCACAAGCCAGGGACUCGACUCUGAGACAGACAAGAGCAAACAUGUUCGAGACCAGAGGAAUCCCCUUUGUCCUGCUCGACAUAGCCUGUCUGGUUCUAGGAGGUCUGCCUCUGGCAGCCUUUAACCUGGGUAAGAUCCGCCCCUACCAGAGGGGCUUUUUCUGUAACGAUGACAGCAUCAACUACCCUUUCCACAGCAGCACAAUCACCUCCACAGUACUCUACACUGUGGGCUUUGCCCUGCCCAUUAGCUGCAUGGUCAUUGGCGAGUGCCUUUUAGUUUAUCUAAAUCGCAUCAAAUCCAAGUCGUCUUUCGGCAGCUAUGUUGCCAGUGUUUACAAAGCCAUCGGUACCUUCCUCUUUGGUGCCGCCAUGAGCCAGUCUCUGACCGACAUAGCCAAGUAUUCCAUUGGCCGGCUCAGGCCGCACUUCCUGGAUGUUUGCAAGCCUGAUUGGAAACACAUCAACUGUUCAUUGGGGGUUUAUAUCGAAGACUUCACGUGCACUGGAGACGCAACGAUGGUCAAUGAGGGCAGGCUGUCCUUCUACUCCGGACACUCCUCUUUCUCCAUGUACUGCAUGCUGUUCCUGGCUCUCUAUCUGCAGGCUCGACUCCAGGUUGAAUGGGCAAGGCUGCUGAGACCCACAAUCCAGUUCUUCCUGAUUGCUGCCUCAGUGUUCACAGGAUUGUCAAGAGUGUCUGACUAUAAACAUCACUGGAGUGACGUGCUGACUGGACUCCUGCAGGGCGCCCUUAUGGCCAUCCUGGUGGUCUUCUUCGUGUCUGACUUUUUCAAGCCGCGUGCUGAUGCUCAUAAAGAGGCGGACAUCCCACACACAACCCUGCAGGAGACCCCAACAAAUGGAAACCACUUUGAGAGUCCAAACUAAGCUAAGCGAGAGUUGGAGGAGGAGGAGGAGGAGGAGGAUGAUACCUCUGCUCUGUCCAAACGCACACCCAGGAUCAAAUGCUCUCUAGCCUUUCAUCUUGCGCAAAUUCUCAUCAGAUACCCUGCAUGGAUUUACAUUGUGGAGUACUUGAUUAGCUAGUGGAUGACUGUGCGUCCCAGAAGAAACUUUUGGAAGCUACACCUCAGGCCUGUUCAAGAUUUUAAGACUUUAUAAUUUUAGACAAUUUGCCAUCUUGUCCACUGAUUCUCCAUUGAAGGAAAGUGGAGAGACAACCUGUCCAACCCUUGUAGAUAUGCUAAAGUGAUGCAACCAGAUGUAGGUUAGGGGCUAGAGAUUCUGUAAGGACGUUAACCAUCUAUCUACUGAGCCGGUG